CAGCGCCAACGAUGUACAGCGACGCCCAUCGACCUUCUCAGCGUUAGUCGAACGAUUCAAGGCCCAAUUGGAGGAUACCUCAACCUUAUACCAGUUACCCUCCACCCAUUAGGUAUCGUUUCUUGGACGUACGCGAAAUUCCUCCCUUACCCUCCAGAGUCCAGUAAGUAUUAACUAUCCAUUAAUUAAUUAAGUAUCGUUUUUUCGACAUACACCAAUUUCUUCCUCCACAACUUCUCAUCCAGCUCCAUAUCCCUGCCAUGACCUGCCUCAGCCUUCUCUUCGUCAUCCCACCCGAGCAUGGUGCACUACUAUAUCAGGUCUUGCCACGACUGGAAGUGCACGGCGUCCCCCUCGACCGCUGCACCUUGUAUCAGUACUUACUUAUUCUCCCCCUGUUCAAUCAAACUCCAAUAUUAACCAUUCACCAAGCAUCACUUCUUCAUACAAUGCUUCAGUCUGGAGUUCCUGACGCAGUGUACGAACUAAGUACUGCUACAUCUCGUUCUGCUUGAAGGUCAUUUCAACUGGGACUCACUCUCCAAUAUGACAACUAACGCAAGACGAGUUCCUCCAACAGGAGCACCUUCUGAUGUAUUCGUGAACCGCGUCUACGGCAGAAGCCUGCGCCCCAUUGCCAUCGCAUGACGUCGCCAUUAAUAUUUUUUGGUGACUGAGUCUUUGGCAUAGUGAUUAGAUCAUUCUGCGCUGAUCCAUGCCCGAGAGCUUGCAUUGGCAGAUCGCGUCUUUCAAGGAGUUGGCCCUCGAUGAACAUGGUUUAUGAUUGCUUCAGUAC